AUGUGGGUGUUUCAAUACGCCAGACGAUAUUUACACUUCUCACAUCAUUGGGCCUACGGUUUAGAAGAUGAGGAUAAGUCGGCUUUCGUGACAAAUGAAGGUCUCUUCUGUUACACCAAAAUGCCGUUUGGGUUAAAGAACGCCGAAGCGACGUACCAGAGGUUGAUGGAUAAAGCGUUCAAGGAUCAGAUCGGAAGGAACUUAGAGAUUUACGUAGAUGAUCUGGUCAUCAAAAGUCAAGCCGGAGAUAACAUGAUCGAUGACAUACUCGAAACCUUUACUCGGCUUCGGGGUAUCAACCUCAAUCUCAAUCCCAAAAAAUGUUCUUUCGGUUUAGAAGAAGGGAAGUUUUUGGGCGUAUGGAUAACUCAAUCCAGAAUCCAGGCACAUCUGGAUAAGAUCAAAGCGGUGAUCUCCAUGCAACCUCCUAAGACGGUCAAGGAAAUUCAAUCACUAAAUGGUAAGUUGGAAUUGAAAGUUUGUCUUGGGUCUUUACCCACUCUGACCGCCCCAAUCACCGGAGAAACCGUCACUGUUUAUCUCUCCGCUUCUCAUUUCGCCAUCAGUGCAGUACUUGUGGUGCACCGGAAACAAGCACAAAUACCGGUUUACUACGCUUUCAAUAUAGAAGUACAAACCGAUCUUCAGAUUCAGCAAAUUCUCAAAAAGCCGGAGGUCUCCGGACGUCUCACCAAAUGGGCAACCGAACUCAGCGCUUUCGAUAUCGUCUACCGAACUAGAGGUCUGGUAAAAGGUCAGGUUGUGGCAGAUUUUCUUACGGAAGUACCGACCGGGGAAAGCACCAAAGAAAAGUCCGCCCUCCCAAGGGUAUGGAACCUAUAUACAGACGGAGCUUCCAGUAAAGAAGGGGCAGGAGCCGAGUAUGAAGCCCUUCUCGCAGGACUCCAAACCGCAGCCAAGGCUGGUGCAACCUCCGUACUGGCCCAUGUCGAUUCGUUAUUAGUUGCCAACCAGGUCAACCCAGAAUACGAAGCACGGGAAGAAAAUAUGACCCGGUAUCUAAGCCAAGUUAACAGUUUAAUCUCCUCGUUCGACUCUUGCAAGGUAGUUCACAUACCACGAAGCAAGAACAAAAAGGCGGAUGCCUUAUGCAAGCUUGCCUCCGUAGCAUUUUGUCACUUGUCCAAGGAAGUAUUGGUCGAAACUUUGCAAGCUCCGGCCAUCCAGCAGAUGGAGUCCGUUAUGUCAAUCUCCGUACAGGAAAGAUCAUAG